AUGGCUCCGCCAUAUCAUACCUCCCAGCCCAGGCCACCUUCUGAUUCGACCUGGCCGGUGGACUAUCCUUAUGAAUGCGUUAACACCUGGACGCACCCAUCCAACCAGACCUUGUCCAUUGUACAAGGUACCCAAGGAAGGGUUGUCAGCCUGUCGAAGUCAGGAUACCUGACGGUCACUCGCCCAUAUCUACAAUCGCAGCAGCCUGCGCACGUGCCGGCCUCACACGUACUGGUUGGAGUCACUCGCAAGUACGGCGAUGUAUACAUCGACGUGCCUGAGUUCUACUCGCGAUUUGGCUCCGAGGUGGGUGGGAUGCACGGCCAGCUUGAUCGCGCCGUGGCCGAAUGGCUUGAGCGUCUUCAUAUCAACAGAUAUGAGAUGCAUUGGCUGCCUAUCUGGUUCCAGUCGCGCACUUCGGUGGCCAAUUCCCGCCGGCAACUCGUCCAAGACAUAUUGCGAGGCAUCCCUGAUGCAACCAAAGAUAUCUUGAACAUGCCCGAUUUCACAGUUCAGGAUGUGGCCACAUAUCUGCCCUCAGCGACCGACAUGACAACGCCUGGUGUCUACACUCGUAUCUACCUCGAUUACGAUGGCCAGCCAAAUCGUUUGGCAUCACAGUACGUUGGCAAGUCGAUCAAUCCAUCUAAGCGACAUACAGAACACGAGUACUCCACGGAGCCAUUCACAACCAGCAACCACUAUAAGCGUGCCGUUGGUGCUAAGAAGAGGUACAUGCGUCUGCUGUGGCAACCUAAGCCCGCUCCUGGAAGUGUAGAUUACACUAAGUCUGAGAUCGACCACCUCAUGGCUAUUGUGGAGCAGCUUUUUGUCGACCUUUUCGAGUGCUAUUGUGAGGAAGUCUACUCUUACCAGCCACACGAAAGCCACAACAGUUCUGCGAAUCUGAAAGAGCAGGAGGAUAAGCUUGCCAGAUAUAUGCAAGACAAAACCAUGGCUCAUGCGUUGACAGUGUCCGCGCAAUCAUCAUUUGUAGUGUCGAAUUGGCCUGGUGCAAGCUCUCGAACCAGCUACGGGGCUGAAGGCGGAUGCAACUGGGUCUCUCCGCUCACAGAAAUCAACCACGCCGAUAAGAUGGUCUGGACCCUGCAGAGUUUUGCCUCGAACAAUCUCGAUGUGUUUCGGCGUUCAGCAACCCGUAUCACCAGUGCGGAGACUCCGGGCUCAAUCGGUGACCAGAACGCUCGGAAUCUCACAUUUCACGUCGUCAGUGCGCCGAAUCAUGGUCCUGGUCAGCCUCGCCCCAAGUUUUCUCCUACAAUAGCAAAGAAUCUCGGUUUGCGUUCCGGUCAGUGGAUCUUUCCCUGCAUCGAGAUGACGAAAGAUGGCAGUCCUCACCAUCGAAACUGGGCUCAUCUCCCUACUAUUGGGCCGUGGAAAGAUUGGGAUAGAGCAAGAUCAUGGGCGUUGAAGAUCGAAUGGCAAGAACCUGCUACAUCUUCAAACGCAUCUCCACCAUGGAAGCACGCUUACAUACGGUCUCAGAAACCGAUGGAUCUUCGGAAGGUAUGCGUCAACAAGCCUGAUGCAGCCGGCUCUCAUCAAGCCUAUGCCCAGGGUAUCGCGAUUUACCGAAUGCUACGGCAGAUCAAACUCGAACCCGAAUACUGCCCAAAUUGGAUGAUCGACUACGGGAUUGCCCACAUCAAGCAGCAGUACCUCGACUUUCUGUCGCAGACGAUUCGGAUCCGAAACCUCCUUGCGAAUGCCAGAAGCGCUGAAUUCAUGGCCGGACGACUUGAUCCUUUCCAGAUGUCGCAGGCUUACAUAGCUCAAGGACUGACCUCGUAUGUUCCGUUCGGCGCUUUCAACGGCCAGGUCAAGAACCGUGUCCCCCAGCGAGCCUGCGACUCAUGCUAUCUGCUAAACGUGGCUGGUAGAUGGAAAGACGAGAGUACCAAUGUACGUGCUACCCUGAUCUUCAUCAACUUCGAUUCUAAUUGA